AUGACUGAUGCUCGUGAAAUGAUCAGAUUCUACUGCACUGGCGAUGGAAGUGGCAUGCUCGCCGACGCCUACACUGUCAACGGAAUGUGGAACUCGAUCCUCAGCGUCUACUUUCCGGCGGGGAGUAACAUGUGGCUUACCGCUCCAAACGUCUCCGCCGCUGGUACAGACAUCCCGGCUGACCUUGUGACGUACGGCUGGAUAGAGGGACCAACCAAGGUCUCUGCUCGAAUCCGCCUAGUUAGUGUGAACAAGCCGAGUGGUUCACCAGGUGGAUGGGACGAGUUGGCAUAUGCCACCCCGCCUCAAAGCCAAAUCCUUGACAAGGAUUCCGCGGUGAGUGGGCUGUGGGCCGCCAUUCUCGCCGUCUACUUUCCAACGACCGGUAAUCCACCCGCCCAUCUGAUUGUAACCCAGGCCCAGCGUCCACAUACCUGA